AGUCCUUGGCCAACCCAGCGUUGCUGAUGAUCUAACAAAAGGGGCUUAUUUUUUUCUAAAGCCCUUCACGUGGUACAAUGUGGGGAUUUCGUAGAGAUGCAGCGUUUCUGCUGCUUCUGUGGUCUGCUGUUGUAGCAAGUGUGCAGCAAUGCUCUGAAGGAUCUGUGAGAUUGGUUAACGGGACGACUGAGAACGAAGGCAUAGUGCACAUUUGUAUGAAUGGACAGUGGAACACAGCGUGUAGUCGUGGUUGGGACAUAGCGGAGACCCUUGUCACAUGUAGGGAGCUUGGAUUUAUGCAUGGUUACCCUCUCGAUGCUUAUAGCACAGAAUCAAAUACUGAUAGUUAUUUUUUCAGCUGCACCUGGGAUGAGACUCAACUCCAGCACUGUUCUCAUUUUGAUUUUUGUCUUAACUCACAUGAUGUUGCUGGAGUAAAAUGUCGUAAUGUUUCAGAGUGCAACGAGACUGAUUGUUCGCUGUACACAGGUGAACAGCUACCGAGGGUCGAGUGCAGACAUGUUACAAUGGGUUUUGGGAUUCUGUAUGUAACGAUGAGUGGGACGUCAGGGAGGCCAGAGUGGUUUGUCGAC